GCCACUGCUGACUAGGCACACUCGUUCGCUAGUAGUGGCGUGUGUGUACGACCGCUUCGACGCGUAUUUUUCUUUUUUCUUUUUUCUCAUUCCUUCUUCCUUUACCCCAAUCCCACUUGAUCCGUCGAAAUUCCUCAGAGCGCGCGUGUGUUCGUGUGUGCGUAUAACGAACGUUUUUGUGCGCAGCGCUGUGCGUGUGUCUGUUCGCGCCCUCUCUUGAAAUAAAUUCGUUUUUGUUUUACCGUAUUUUUAAAUCAUAUUAUUUUAUUAUUACUUGGACUCGGCGUCCAUUCUCCGUUCCGUUUCUCGAUUGGUUUUUUUUAUUAUUUUUCGACUCGAGUGCGUUCCGUGUCGUUGUCGUAAAAUUAUCCGUAGUUGUAAGUGCCUAAUAACAUCGUGAUACGAUCGCGUUUGUUGUCGCUUUCCUGAAGUGCGUACGGAUAGAGCAUAACGGAUUACUACGAUACAAUGAUGGUGACGACGACGAUGAUCGGUACAUUAUGUCGCCGGUGAAUGUCGUUCGGAACGUGAAACUGAUGCCCGACAGGUUCAACAGUAACAUUUAAUGUUUGGGGUUGUUGGUCGGAGAGAGUUGGGGAGAGCAACCCGCGUAUUAUGGACACCAUUGAAACUAAGUUCACGACAAUAAUUUCCGUGCCAUCAUUAGUCGCUAUACGUCGUUAUCUGCAUUUAUUUGGUAGAACCUGCAACAACAUCGGCAAAUCCAACAGUUGUUACGAUGGCUACUUUAAAAAAGAAUUCUGUUGUGGUCACUCAACCUAUGAGAAGAGCUAUGAUUGGAUCUAGUCCCCUAAAGUCACCUCUUAUCAAAAGACCACAAUCUGCUUCUGUUACUUUACAAGGUUGGCUAUAUAAACAAGGAAGUGAAGGUUUAAUGUUAUGGAAGAAACGAUGGUUUGUUUUAUCUGAAUACUGUCUUUUUUAUUACAAAAAUGAAGAAGAAGAAAAACUUUUAGGUUCUAUUUUGUUACCUUCGUACAAAAUAUCACCUUGCUGUCCUUCGGAAGAUAAAAUUUACAGAAAAUUUAGUUUUAAAGCUGAGCAUGAUAAUAUGAGAACAUAUUAUUUUGCUGCAGAUACCAGAGAACUUAUGGUUCAGUGGAUGAAUGCUUUGAGCUUAGCAUCAAUUCUCCAACAAAAUAAUGGAUACAAAGAACGAAACAGUAUAAAACAGUCACAAUAUAUUAAUCAAUUAGGUAAUAUGGAUUCAGGUUACUUAAGUUCAUCUUUCUAUUCAACACCAAUAUCAUACUAUAACAAUGAUUUGACUUAUAAAGCUCAAAAUAAUCAAAUUGCUCAACCUCUUUAUGCCAAUGCACCUCCAAAGCCUAGACGUGUUACUGAAUCAAAUGAAGAUCAUCCUCAAAUUGCUCAACCUCAAUAUAAGCCAUUAACACUAGUCCAAAAUUUAAAUAGGUCUCAAUUAAAUAAUUCUGAACGUAGAACACCUGAUACAUAUGGGCGUCAUGAUGUAAAAUACCCAAAUCAUAGUGAGUAUGAAGAAGUUAUUGAUGAAUAUGUACCAAGCCCAGUUAAAUAUAGAGAAAAAAAAUAUUCUCACAGACCUCAUAGUGCUGAUUUCUUAGAAUAUGAUGUAAGACAUGUUUAUCAAACACAAACUCCAAACAAUAAUUUUUCUUAUAAAUCCCCAGAAUAUUAUAAUACUGUAGUAAAACAUAGCAAAAGACCAAAAUCCAGUUUAGAUUUUAUUGAUAAUUCAGAUAGUUAUUGGUCAGAAAAUGCAUAUGCAGAAAAAAUGAGACAAGCUUCUCAAAGUUUAAGCAAAGAGACUAAUUUAAAUCGCACAACUGCUGUAUCAUUGAGACAACUUGGAAUUUAUUUAAAUGAUAUUAAAGCUGAACCAGUAGAUGGUUCUUCUACACAGAUGAAAAGUCAUCAUAAUUAUAUCAAAGAACAAGAAAAAAGAUGGAGUGAAUAUGUUAACUCUUUUAACAGAUCAGCUAGCGCUAGAGUGACUAGAAAUACAGAUAAACGUAAUUACGAACAUAAUGAACACAAGAGAAGUACUAGUUUACAAAGAAGAAAUAGCAUUGAUUCCAGAGAUAAGGAUAAAAAAUCACAACAAAGAGAAGAAUCUAUGAAACGACUUUUAGAUUGGAAACAACGUAUGCUUCAAUCAACUUUAACUCGCAGAUCUUCAGGAUCUUCAAAUCGUGGUUCUGCUCAAAAUGAAUUAUCUAAGUAUUAUAAAAAAAUAACUGAUAAUCGAAUGUCAGUUAAAAAUGAAGAUAAAACUAUUGUUAAUUGUACUAAUAAUUUCUACAAUAGCAAGUACAACAAUGAUAGUUUUAGUUAUUCUAAAAACGAUUUAACAAUUGAAAAUGAUUACAAUUCUUCUGAUGAUGAAGAAGUUAAAGAAGGCAGAGAAAGUCAAGUAGAUAUUCCAGUAUCAGUGGCCAAAAAUGUCAAUGAAAUUACUCCAGACUCAAAAUAUACUAAUACAAUUAAUUUUUAUACCAAGCCGGCAGUCAAGCAGCAUCUUUCUGAUGAAACUGCCAGUUCAACUAAUUCCUAUUUUAAAGAUGACACGCUAUUAGUAGAUAGUAGGCAUUCAGACAGUGGAUAUGAUACUUUACAAAUGGGUAGUGUUCUUUCAUCCAAAGAUCCUGAUAUUGAUCGUCUAUUGAAAUUUGAUUUUGGUAAAAAAACCAAUGGCAUACAAAAUCUUAUUAAAAAUUUUGAAUUCAAAGAUAUGAAGGAACCAUUACAAUCAUCUUCUUACCGUUCAAAUGAAGCACAAAUUUCAUCAUUAAAAAGGGAAGAUAUUAGGUAUUCAACCGCUCAAAAUCCUCAAUCUGUAAGAGAUUUAUUAGCAAAUUUUGAGAAAAAGAAUGAACGUUGUGUAUUUAGUGAUACCGAAACACUUUUGUAUGAAACAUCAAGUGAUACGGAACCUAUUAUAACAAAUUCUUCGAAGCGUAUUGAAACUUUAUCCACAGAUGAAGAUGAUCCAGAAGUUGUAGAUGUAUUGGGACAAAAAACUGAUCCAAAUGAUGAACAAUACUAUUUGCCAAUGACACCAUCUAAAAAAUCAGUAUUAGAAGAAGAUAUUUCUAAAUCCAAGCUAGUGAUUGUAGAUGCAGAAGAUCAAGAAAAUUAUGUUGAAAUGACCCAAAGUUCUAAACCUAUACUUGCUCCAUCACCCAAAGUUGACAAAAAAUCACAUUAUGAAUACAUUGCUUAUAAAACAAAUUCGAAUUAUGAACCGGUUUAUACAGAAGUAAAAAAUAAAACCUUACCAGAUAUCCUUAAAUCAUCAACUAAUGUUAAUAGUUCAAUAAAAUCUGAUAGUUCAGAUGCUGAUGACGAAGCCUCGAAGGAUUUAGAUUCCCUUGAUACACCUUGUCAUCCUAGAUUUAGUUUAUCUGAUACAUUUAGACCAGCCUCUUAUUACUUAGGAGCUGCGACCAAUGAAGAUACUCAUGACUCUUCAGAUAGUGAUUUAGUUUCUCCACCUCCUAUGAACUUUGAUAAAGACAAUCAACUUAACACUAUAAGAAAAAAAAUGGAAACAUUAAUACAGUCCGCUUCAGAAUCCGAUUCAGAUUCUGGUAAAAAAGAAAAACAAAAUGCCUUUAAUGGAGAUUUAGAUUCAAUUGGAAGCAGAAAUGGCAUGUAUGAAAUCGACAUAAAUUUAGAUGACUAUUUAGAUAAACAAAAUAUCGAGGAAUAUGAUAGAUUCUAUGAAAACUAUUGUAAAAGUUUAGAAAAUAGAAGAUUAGAAAACUCUGAACCAAUACCUGGUGCCCCAUAUUAUUAUUCAGAUAUUUCAAAUGGAAAUUUGAGGUCAUUGACUCCAGAACCUCAAGGUGCAGAAGGUUAUACAAUGCGUCGCAGAAGUCGUUCGCUCGAAGGUGUACUUGAUGAUAGUGUUUAUUGUAAUUUAGAACCUAGAAAGUGCACCUCACCAAAAAAAGCAAUAUCACGAUUAUUACGCACAGCAGAAAUGAAGUCUCCUGGAGCAACUGAAUUGGCAAUUGUAAAUUUACCACUACGAUCAAGAUCAUUGGAUAAUUUAGAUGCAGAACCAGAAAAAAAAACUGGACGUCAAAGUGCAGAUAUUUUGAAUAGUAAAAGAAAUGAAGCAAUGUACGUUAAUGAGGCAGUGUUUGACCGACAUAAAGAGUAUAAGGAUGAUUAUCGUUCAGUUAAGAAAGGCAGAUGCAAGAGUGGAUCUCAGUCUUUUUUAGAGGAGGGCCUAUACCCGAUGACACGGCCACCAUCAAUGGAGCAACUGGAUCGGGAGAAACUAAGGCAGUGGGAUCUAAUGUCAACUGUCCCUGCCGUGAUGUUGGGUGCAACGCGCGGGUACAGUCGUACUUCCGAGAAACAAGUGACAUUGAUGCCUGCCGAAUCAAACACAAGGCCGCCAUCGCUAAGUCUCCGUUUGGACGAAACACCAACAAGCUCGCCAGUGUCCGGUUGCGGAUCAGCGAUUGGACAAGGUCCAAUUCAUCGAGAAUAUCAAGAAAUCAAUAAAAUGAUAAAUGAAACUAUGGGCAGCAAAAAUAUUUAUUCUAGCCAUAGAAAUAUUAGGAAUAGUCAAUGGAACUUGACAGUUUCUGCUGGUGAACUCUUAGGCCAAACGCACGAAGAAUUAGUUUUACUAUUAAUUCAAUUAAGAAGGCAAAGGGUUUCUAUUUGUAAAGCAAUGGAAAUGUGCCAUAAUGAUAUUGAAACACAGACAAGAUUAACUGAGCUGGAUACUCCAACUAAAAUAGAGAAUUUACAAAGAUUAGACGAACUGAAGAAACAUUUAUUAGAACUUGAAAAACAGUAUGAAAAAGGAAAACCUUUAGUAAACCUUGUUGAUAACAUGGUAAAACUGGGAUCACUCUAUCAGGCUGGAUCUGCACUUGAAAAUCCUGAUGGACUUUCAACACCAACUAUAUUAAAAGAACGUUUAGAAUUUAAUGAUAAAGUACAAGAAAAACGCCUUUUGGCAGAAGAAAGUAAAGAAUGGCUACGAAUUAAACCUGAUGUUAAUGAUCUACAAGAAAAAGUUGACAGACUAUAUGAUUUAGAUCAAUUAAUGCAAGAAGAAUCUGGAAAUUUACUACAUUUAAGACAAGAUAAAGAAUUAUUAGAAAAAGCAUUAGGUGGUCUUAGACAUAAAAUGCAAUGUAUACAUAGUCCUGCUGAGGAGGAACGUUAUAAAAGACAACAACAUGUAUUAGAACGUGAAUUGAGUUCAGUUAGAUCAGUAUUAGCUAAUAAUUCUAAGAAAUUGGAAGAAACUGUGGCUGCAAACGCAAGAUUAGAAUCGGAAUUGGUUGUUUUACGUCAAAAAUUACAGUCAUCUAGACGUGUACCAGAUACAGGUGCAGGAGGCCCCACUGUAGCUGCACUAGAAGCUGAACUUCGAAGAGUACAACUAUUGGUUGGAGAUUUACAAAGACAACGUGAAGAUUUAAGUGUUCAAGUACGGCAGCUUACAGAAAAAUCAAACACACUCUCUAUGCAAAUGAGUAGUGAUGAAAAUGAAAUAAGGGGUAAAAAAAGACCAGCAAAUGAUUCAUGGAUCGAAACAGAUUUGGAUGACUCAAUUCAGGAAGAUAAAAAAUCCUUUGCCCCAAGAGAAAAACCACAGGAAAUAAAGACGGUGAGAAUUGUCAAACGAGAAUCGGAGAGACGACAAAGAGAUAGAGAUAAAUGUGGUGGCAAUAUUGGUCUUCCAUUAACAAGUGUUAGUGUCAAAUGUGUACCUGUAAUUGAAGAACCUGAUUAUAGGAUUGAAGAAAAUUAUGUUAAAAAACUAUCAGCACAAGAGCAAUUAUUUGGCACAACCUCAGAAAAUAUUAAUUAUGAUACAUAUUCUGAUCUUAACCUUGUAAAUCAUUCUAUGCUUCCAAAAGAUGAUAUACCUUUAUCACCAGUAUAUCAAAGUGAAGCAGCUAGACAAAUUGUUCAAGAAUUAUCAAUGAAAGAUCAAAAUGAUAACAUAAAGCAAAAUGAAUCAUUAACAAAAAGACUGAUACCGAGAGAAAAACGCAGACAUCAUACUGUUACAAGUGUUCGGCCGUUUUCUAUAACUGAACCUUAUAAUAGAGAUGGUUGGAGAGCUAGGGAUGAUGUAGACAUGGAACGUGCUCUCAGACCAGGUGCUCCAGAUGUAGUCCGAUCUACAAUGAACAAGACUGAACCUACAAAAUUUAGCGCAGAGACUAUAGAUAGUAUAUUAGGAACUCCUGGAAAAAUAUAUAUACCAGAACGGUAUAUCCCAGAGUCAGCCCCAGUAUCUCCAGAUGAACGUAAAAAAAGAAUGCACAAAGCUGAAGCUAUCAGAAAAAUGUUGUCAGAAUCAACUCCUAUACUUGCUUCAGAGGGAGAAAAUGAUGAGCACACAGCCGUUGGUAGAAAAAAAAUGAUUGAAGAAAAGAAACAAAGAGAUCAUUUAUUACAAUUGAACCAAAUAUUGGCUCAACAAGUUAUGGAGAAAAGUAAAGCAGUUGCUUUGAAUGCUGUGACUCAAGCUGGUAAAAUAAAACGUUGGUCAACAGAAGAUAAUGAGCGAGAAUUAUCACCUGAAGAACCUCUUCCAUUAUACCAACAAAGAGAAAACUUUUACUCUUAAACUAAUCAACAAUAUUUAGGUUGUGGACCUGGAAUUUUUAGGUUGUAUAAUAUGAAAUUUAGACCAUAUUGAAAUGUUAAAAAUAUUUUUUAAAUAUUU